AUGAAUCAUAAUUUAUCCCCAUUUCUUCCUCAAGGAAAUUUCAAUCAAAAGAUCUCUUCUAAUAAACAUAAACCUAACUUUCAUUUUAACCGGAAAAUUUCUUAUCAACCUACUGAUUCAAAAGUAUUAAUACUACUUUUCAGAUUAUUAGGAAUUACUAUAAUUGGACUUUUAUACUUUUACUUAAUAUAUCCUUGGCUUACUCUUAGAAAUAAUUCUUUAAUAGACAAUUCCUCUUCAUAUCAACCUACUCCUAAUCCAAUAAUAAGAGAUAAGAUUAUAUUAUAUCGUAUACUUGGUAAUGAUCUCCCGCCUCGCCAUAGAGCUGGACAAACAUUGAGGAAUGUGAAAUUUAUAUUAGAACAUGAAUCCGAAUUUUUAAAUACAAAAAAAUGGUGGAUACUUAAUAGAAUUGCUAAUUCAGAUUACGAAAAUGCUUUAAUAAACCUUUUAAAAUUGCAUAAACAAGAUUAUAUUAGAAUUCCUUUUAUCGAAAAUGAGUAUUCAAAACUUGAUUUUCGUAUUGAUGACUUUCCAAUACCAGAUUUUUUCAAUUCGGAUGAAUUCAUGCGUUUUUCAAAGGUUGCAAAAUUAAGAUCUAUUGAUUAUACUUACUUUGAUAAAAAUUUAUAUGCUAUGAAUAAUAAUGGUGGUCGGAACGUAGCCCUUGCUCAUGGCAAAUCUCAAUUAAAUGCUCGUUGGAUUCUACCUUUUGAUGGAAAUU